AUGACGCACGCCACGAAAGCGAUUUACAGGUUGCUCCUGACGGAUUAUAUCGGGGUAAGCAGAGUUUCAGUUGAAGAAUUGUUCACUGAGCAAGAUAUCGAAAACUCGAUGAACAAAUCGAGGUCAUCGAGUUCCGCCAGGCGAUGGAAGUCUAUGGAAUCUGCUUCUGGUGCUACGCAGCCGGCCAUGUCCUCGGCGCAGCGAUGUUUAUGGUGGACAUUGCUGGUGUUCGGGUUCUUUAUACCGGGAGAUUAUUCGACCGAGGAAGAGGAUAGACAUAUUCCAGCUGCUGAAGUUCCUCAGUUUUCACCAGAUGUCUGUAUCAUUGAAUCUCUGGAGUUCAAGCUCAUGAGCCGCGACACGUGCGAGAGGAGCGAUUCACUGAACUCAUCCGCGACACGGUUUCUAAAGGCGGAACUCCUCCUGAUAUUGGAGGAGUAUUGGUCGAAACAUCCCGAGCUCCACAGUGUCAAUAUAUACUACGCUUCUUCGCUCGCCCAAAGGUGUAUGAAAGUGUAUCAGACAUUCGUCAAUUCGAUGAAGGAUAAUGGCGCUUCGGAUCACUGUUUUGAUUUCAAGAACAUAUCAUAUCUCAAAAGCAUUAACAAUUUCAGUGAUGUUGGACCCUCAGUGGUGAUGGCAAGUCCUGGUUAUGUUGUGGAAGGGACACUGGCGAAGACGAUCAUCAAUGAACCGAAAGAAGUUACCCUGAUGAGUGGGAUGACUGUUCCCCUGAAGAUAAAAGUACAUUCGGUUUCCUUCUCAGCUCAUGCGGAUUCUGUUCAGACCAGUAAAUUCCUGAAAUCCCUGAUGCCUCCUAACAUAAUAUUGGUCCAUGGUGAAGCUAAUGAGAUGGAAAGGCUAAAGCAGAAGCUCGCAACCUCGGUGUUUGCUGCUGGAAACACAAAGAUUAUAACCCCUAAGAAUUGCCAGUCGGUGGAAAUUUUCUUCACAUCCGAGAAAAUGGUGAAGGUUUUUGGAAAAAAGCUGGCUGGGAAAAGGCCUGAAGUUAGUGAUACUGUCAGUGGUUUACUAGUAAAGAAAGGUUUUACCAACCAGAUUAUGGCUCCUGUCGAUGAUGAUGUGCACGUCAAAUCUCAGCUUUCCACGGCUACUGUAACCCAAAGGAUUACGAUUCCCUAUUCAGGCGGUUUCGCUUUAAUAAAACACAGACUGAAGCAGAUUUACCAGCGUGUUGAGGCCUCAACCGAUGAGGAGUUAGGGGUUCCAACUUUGAGAGUUCAUGAUCAGGUGACUGUAAAACAGGAGCGCUCGAAAAAUGGUCACAUCUCGCUCCAUUGGGUUGCGGAUCCUGUUAGUGAUAUGGUUGCAGACUCGAUUGUGGCUCUUGUUUUGAAUGCAAACAGGGAGACACCCAAGGUGGGGUUCGAAUCAGGACCACCGGUGACAGCGGUAGAUGAUGCUGGUCCUGGAAAAGCCAAAAAACUCGUGCACUCGCUUCUUGUAUCCCUAUUUGGCGAUGUGAAAUCAGGGGAGAAUGGGAAGCUGAUUAUAACUGUGGAUGACAGCGUAGCCCUUCUUGAUCAACAAAGUGGGGAGGUUGAAUGUAAGAGUGAGGCUUUCAAGGGACGUGUGAAGACUGCUUUCCAGCGGAUACAAAGUGCUGUAAAGCCAAUCCCUCCUCUUUCAGUUUAG